AUGGUAGCCUGGACGGACGGGAAACACGGAGGGCGGGAGGAGAGUGGGGGCGAGAAGAGGAAGGAGGGCGAUGAGGGGAAGAUGCACGCGCCCACUCGACGCCUGGAAACGGCAUUCAUCUCCCCGUUUCCUAGCCCUCCCUUUUCUCGCUUGGCAGGCCUAGAAACGUCACUCAUCUCUCAGCUUUCCUACUCGCUUAUCCUUCCCCCUCUCCCCUCAUCCUCCCCGCUCUCCCCUCAUCCUCCCCGCUCUUCCCUCAUCCUCCCCGCUCUCCCCUCAUCCUCCCCGCUCUCCCCUCAUUCUUCCCGCUCUCCCCUCAUCCUCCCCGCUCUCCCCUCAUCUUCCUUGCUUUCCCCUCAUCCCCCCCCCCUCCCCUCAUCCCCCUCGCUUUCCCCUCAUCUUCCCCGCUCUCCUCUCAUCUUUCCCGCGCUCCCGUCAUUCCCCCUCUCUCCCUUCAUCCAACCAGCCCCCCCUUCAUAUCACUGCCGCGCUCUAUUGUUUUCUUUCUUCACGCCCACCCUCUAUUGA